UUAGACCCCUAGUCUGGGAACCUCCAUAUGCUGCGGGAGAGGCCCAAGAAAUAGCAAAAAGACAAAAACAAACAAACAAACAUCCUCCGAGAGAAAAGACUAUUGGUAAUUAAAGUAGAGGUAAAGAGUUCAAAAGAAGGCGAGUAUUUAGUAUUAAGGACAAGUAGCUUAGAUGAGCCCAGUGGUUAAUGGAUGGGAAACACUGUGUGGCAAAGAGCUUUUGCAGAAGGCUUCAGAGAGAAUAAAGACAUGAAAGGGCUGGAAGCAACUGGAAGGGGAGAGCUCCUUGGAGGGGCGGGGAGUGACAGUUUCAUAUAUGUGAAAAAACCCAAUAUGAUCUCAAAUGAAAAGAGCAGUUGGAGCGCCGUACAGGAAAGACACGGAAGUAGCCAUGCUUCCUUAAAGUGAAAUUUAAUAAUAUCAAAGAUAAACUUUUGAAAGUUUGUCUAAAGAGGCAGUCCUGCAAAAGAUAACAGAUUUCUCAUCUUCCAGUUUUAGCCAUUGUGGAGUAACAGGAAACAGAUUUACUCUCCUGACUAAACUAAAAAUUUGGACAAAACAGAUGAAACCAUGGCUUUUGGACAGUGGACGGUGGUCACCAAGAGAAGAGAAACAAAGUGACUGGGGGGCCUUCCAGGCGCAGUGCGGGGAAGGGUACCGCAAGCAGAGCUGGGGGGUCUCCCUGAGCUGAGAUUCAGAAGCGCCAGGGUGCUGGGGGCCAGCCCCAAAUAGAGACGCGGCGGUGGGUGGAGGCUCGCCUUGGCCCGGGGUGUGGUUGAAGCAUCCAGGCGAGGCCAGUCCUGGGGGCAUGGCCUUGGUAGUGUCGGGUGGGCGUGACCGAGGGCGGGGCUCGGGCCAGGGGCGUGGUCAGCAGUGGAGCUUGGCUGGGGCUCAAAGAGGCAUCUAAAGCUGCAGAGGCUGCUCCUCAGAGAAGUGUUUGGGUCUAAGAGCCCUUGAGGGGUCAGAGGCCAGUGACCAGACGACAGCAAACCUGCGGGCAGCCAGCUGUGGAGUUGCCUUUUGGAGCCGGUCCCCAACGUGUAGCCGACGAAAGCAGCAUCUUUCCUUUUACCUAAUCCCUUUCACGAGCUGCUGAGGCAGGAACAUGCAAGACUGUGUUACCAGGUAGAGUGGCACACAUUUAAUUCUCAAAGUCCUACUGACCUAAUGCUGAAAAUUGUGGAUGGAUGUUGGGCAGCAGAGAUGUGGAAUAACAAGCCCCAAAUUGAGAAGACCAAAAACGGAGCAGGUAGCCCCCUCAAGUGCAACUACGAAGUUCGUGGAUAACUUACACAGAGGCGGGGGCAGUCAAUGGCAUUUGCAGCUGAACCCUGUGCUGACAAACGGGGUACAGGGGGGAUUAAAGAGGCCAAGGCUAAAAAUAGAAACUGACUACCAAGGGAGAAGCACAUCCCCAGGGGUAGGAAUGGGGCCGGGGUGGGGGGCAAUUGCCUCUCUGGAUUAUUUGCUAAAAUUAAGUUUUGAGGUUCCAGUGAUGACAGAUGCCUCUUCGCCUCUGCUCUGUGUUCUGGACUCCAGGGUUGGACCCUAUGGCAGCCACGGGCGUGCCCAGCUAUGCUCCAUUCUCUGAGGGUCCCAGCCACUGUCUGGAGAGGUCCUUGCUCCAUCCAAGCCAGAGGAGCUGCCACAGUGACAGAUGCCUUCGGAUGGUGGUACCGUUUGCUGCACAUCUGUUCCUCUGACCGUAUUUGGAGCCUUGAUGCCCAGUCAUCUGAGGAGGAGGUGCCAAGUAUUCUAUUAUUUCAUUUCCGGAAAUAAUGGUGCCAAAACUCUAAUUAUAUGCCCCAGAAUCUGCAGGAUGCAACACCUCACCUGCCCUCAAACCUACCAACCAGCCUGUAACAGACUCCACUCCACCUGAAAACCCACAGCUCGGAAUUAUUUUUAAAAGGGGCUUAAACCCCAAAGAUAAAGAGAACAUUUAAGUUAGAAGGGAGAGGUCCACGCCGUGUUAGAAGAACAAGAGUGUGCUAAUGGACAUUGCCCAAGCCAGCAAACCAGAGGAAGCGUCCCUCCUGCGGAAGUAAAAUGCGCUGGGGGACUCAAGGCAGCAGAAGGCGCAGGGCUGGAGGACCCAGGGACCCAGUGGGUGGGGCUGGGGAGUCAAGCCGAAAGCAGGAGGCUGGAUAAAGGUCUGAGUGGAGAGCAGUGAGACGUCUGGACCCCCCUCAAACCCUGCACGGACACUCGCCCCAGCCCAAGCUGGAAGGAGGAGAAAGCGGCUCCGCGCUUGGAGGUGGCGGCUCCGAGCCGAGGCAAGACGGGACUUCACGUGGAAGCCGCACGCCCAAAGGAGGAAGACCGACAGGUCAGAGAGACACAGAAAAGCAUGGGCUCCCCUACUUAAGAGCCAGACCUGGGCCCAAAUCCUGAUUCAGGGGGAUGCUGUGUGACCCCCCCUCAGCAGGUGGCUGGAUUUGGUGGCUUUGCCAUAGCAACCGUGUGGCGUGAGGGGAUGACCCUAGACCUGUCUGGGGGACAGGAGUCUCCACCCCGGACGUGGCUGGUGGGAUCCGCUUGGAGGAAGAACGGAACUUCCCCUCUGCUCUAGAAGGCUGAUGCCUGGACCCUGGGGGCUCCUGGGAGAAGCAGGGCGUGCAGCUGGAAGUCACGCUGUGCUGAGGACUUUGCCCUGAAGCCUGAAGGUAAAGCUGGGAGGAGUGAAGCCCAGAAUUGGUGUCCGUCUUUAGGAGGGGCGUUGCGAUUGGUGGGCUGAAAAAGGGAUUAGCAGGAAGCAGUGGGAGCAGGAGGGCCAGGUAGGAUCUGUUGUAAUCACUCAGAAAUCAAGCGUCGUGGGAGAAGAGUGCCUCUGGAGCCCUGCGGUGUAGCCGUAGCCGCAGGACUCGGUCCCCUGUUGUGCUUGAAGGAGCAGGCGAGGGAUUUCACUCACCUACCCUGCCUUCCUGGUUUGUGGUUCUGGCGGAAAAAACUGGAUUGGAGAGAAUGUGCUGAAUCCCUGGAGAAGGUGGAGAGAAGAGGGGAGGGGAAGAGGUGGGCGGGCCAGGGAAGGCUGCGUGGACGGGUCCCAGCCAAGGAGAGGCAGAGGACGUGUGCCUCUGUCCUCCUCCAGGUCCCAGCAUGAGCCACUGGCCAGUGUCAAACUGGACCGCCCCGCAAGAGUGUGUAAUCCUGGGCUUCUCUGGGUGGCCCCAGGGGCUCCGGGUGCUGCUGUUUGCCCUCCUCCUGCCACUCUAUCUGGCCACGCUGGCCGGAAACCUGCUCAUCCUGGGCCUGGCCGUGGUGGACGCCGCCCUGCACACGCCCAUGUACUUCUUUCUGGGGGCCCUGUCGGCCGUGGAGGUGGCCUACACACUGGUGCUGACCCCGCGCAUGCUGGCCGGCUUCCUCCUGCCCCCCGGGGGCCAGGCGGUGUUGCCCUCCACCUGUGCUGCCCAGAUGGGCCUCUUCGUGGCUCUGGGGGGCUCCGAGUGCCUGCUGCUGGCUGCCAUGGCCCUGGACCGCUACCUGGCCAUCUGCCGCCCCCUGUAUUACCCUCAGCUCAUGACCGCAGGCCUCUGCUGGUGCCUCCUCGCCUGCUGCUGUGUGGGCGGCUCCCUCCUGGCCCUAGGCCUCACCACGGCCAUCUUCCAGCUGCCCUUCUGCCGCGGGGGCUUCGUCAACCACGUGUUCUGUGACCUGCCAGCGGUGUUGGUGCUGGCCUGCGGGAACCGGGACCUGCAGGAGCACGUCCUGCUGGCAGCUUGCCUGCUGCUGCUGGUGCUGCCUCUGGCCCUGAUCCUGCUGUCCUACACCAGGGUGCUGGUGGUCAUUCUUGGGGUCGGUGGGGCCACGGGCCGCCGCAAGGCCUUCCACACGGUGGCGUCCCAUCUCACGGUGGCCGUGCUGCACUAUGGCUGUGCCACGGCCAUGUACGCCAGGCCGCUGAGCAGCCGCUCCCUGGAGGAGGACAAGCUGGUCUCGCUCAUCUACAUCAACCUCACGCCUCUGCUCUACCCGGCCAUCUACACGCUGCGGAACCGCGACAUGCAGGGCGCGCUGCAGCGGGUGGCCAGCCCCAGGACACCAGGCACUGGCCCCCAGGCCGACCGCCCCUAAUUCUGAAGUCUCCUCCAUGGAUGGGAAGCUCACAUUCCAGAACUAUCUGUGACUCCUCAAGGCCUACUGGACACAACCUGGGGGCAGCAGACAAGGACUCCAAAGUCGGACUCCAGCCUGGUUCUUCUGCUUCUAUUGACGUUUUGAGCUGGACGGGUCUCUGUGACGGGGGGCUGUCCUGUGCGUUGUGAGGUAUGAGCUGCAUCUCUUGUCUCUAUCAACUCUAUGCCAGAAGCACACACCACUCCCCACCCAGGUGGGGUGAUCAAAAAGUCCUCAGACAUUGGCCAGACAUCCACUGGAGCAAAAUCACCUCUAGCUGAGAACCACUGCUCUAAACUGUAGCCACACAGUAUCUUUUGAAGAGAAGUGAGUACUUCUGCACAAGAAGUCUAUGGCAACCCUGUUUAUAAUAAAUAAAAACUGAAAGUAAUUCAAUGUUCAUGAACACAGAAUAGACACAAACAAUGUGUGUGGCAAAGUCGUGUACAGGAAUACUACACUGCAAUGAAAAAUGAUGAACUACUGGAGCUCCCAUUGUGGCUCAGCAGUAAUGAACCCGACUAGUAUCCAUGAGGACAUGGGUUCAAUUUCUGGCCUUGCUCAGUGGGUUAAGAAUCUGGCAUUGCCAUGAGCUGUAGUGUGGAUUGCAGAUAAGGCUUGGAUCCUGUGUUGCUGUAGCCAUGGUGGAGGCCAGCAGCUACAGCUCUGAUUUGACCCCUAGCCUGGGAACUUAGAUAUGCCUUGGCUGCAUCCCUAAAAAAGACCAAAAAAAAAAAAAAAAAAAAAAAAAAAAAAAAAAAAAAAAAGAAUGAACUACUGCUACUGGCAAAAAUAAGGACAACACGGACUGUAACCCUAGUAUAAGAAGACACAAAGAACGCAUGCUUACUGUGUGCUUCCAUUUCAAUAAAGGCCAAUGACAAACUGAUCUUUAGUGGUUAAAGUCAUAGCAGUUAACUGGGAAAGUUUAGAUGAGCAGAGGGCACAGGAGAGUGCCUGGGCCCUGGAAGUGUUCUAUAUCUUGGGUGUUGAUUACAUGGGUAUAUAUGUGUGUGCAAAACUUCGUCAAGACGCAUACUUAAGAUCCGUGUAGUUUGCCGUAUGUGCAAUAAACUGUGUCCAGUUCAAGGUA